AUGAACGUCUCGCCAGUCCGAAGCAGCCUCAGGGCUCUUUCUCGAGGCCCCGCCUGCCAGAGGCUUGCCCUCGUCGCAUUUCCGGGCACUUCGGUCGCCGCCCGCCGCCGGCAGAGCUUCUCGGUCCUGAACCGCCCGCCGCCAAACUAUCCCGGCCAUGUCCCGCUCACCGGCCUCGAGCGAGCCGGGCUUGCCAUCGGCUCCGGACUGUGGUCCAUCAUCGACCCAAGGCGAGGAGACCUGAUCGCCGCCUUUGCCGAGGCGACAGCCACGCCCUACUUCGUCCCGCGCCUGCGCGACGCCAUGCUCUCGCACCCGACCGGCCGCCGCAUCCUCCGCGACCGCCCGCGCAUCACGUCCGCCUCGCUCGACCUCCCCCGCCUGCGCGCCCUGCCCGCGGGCACCGUGGGGCGCACCUACGUCGGGUGGCUGGACCGCGAGGGCGUGACGCCCGACACGCGCGCGGCCGUGCGCCACGUCGACGACGAGGAGUGCGCCUACGUGCUGCAGCGCUACCGCGAGUGCCACGACUUCUACCACGCCCUGACGGGCCUGCCCGCCGUGCGCGAGGGCGAGGUCGCCCUCAAGGCCUUUGAGUUCUGCAACACCCUGCUGCCCAUGACGGGGCUUGCCACCCUGGCCGCCUUCACGCUCAAGCCCGGCGAGAGGGGGCGUUUCGUGAGCACGUACCUGCCCUGGGCCGUUCGCAACGGCCUGCGGUCCGCCGACGUCAUCAACGUCUACUGGGAGGAGGUGCUCGAGUGGGACGUCGUCGACCUGCGCCGCGAGCUGGGCGUCGAGGCGCCCCCGGACAUGCGGGACGCGCGCAGGCGCGAGAGGGAGGAGAGGCGCAGGCGGAAGCAGAUGGCCGAGGCGGCUGCGCGCCCGCACGAGGCUCCCAUAUCAUCAACGGCUCCACCUUCGGAGUCGGGUCCGGUCAUAUGA